CGACCCUUGACCCCUGACCCCUGACCCCGGGGGGCCCGCUGCCGCCAACGCCACAAGCCGGGCAGGGGACAUAAAUAUGGCUGCUGUUGAUAUUGGAAAAGACCAAAUCAACAAAGAUCCAGACAGCUGUGAUAUCCCCUUUUAUGUUUCUGAAUUCGUUGAAAGAGAAGUUGGAAAUGACCUUCAGUCUUUAAAGAAACUUAGCAAACUCAUUGAACAGCUGUCAGAAAGCAAAGCGCAUUUAGAAGAGCAGGUACUUACGAUUUCAUCUGAAGUUCCCAAAAGAAUUCAGAAUGCCUUGCAGAAGGCUGAAGAGUCCGAGACCCUUCUUAAUCGCCUUUUGGAGCAACAAACUCUCGUGGUCGGUUCCAUCAGCAAACACUUGGCAUCCGCUCAGCCGCUGAUGGAGGAGCUCGGGGAACUGAUCGGCCAAAUCGAAGAAGUCGAACGGCAUCUUGCUUACCUGAAGUGGAUUUCACAGAUCGAGGACCUAAGUGAUCACAUCCAGCAAUACCUGAUGACCAAUAACGUGCCAGAGGCAGCCACGGCUCUGGUGUCCAUGGCAGAAUUAGACAUUAAGCUUCAGCUGUCGUCCUGCACUCAUCUCCGGACUUUCAUAAGAUCUACAGUUCAGUUCUGGCAUAAAAUCCUCAAAGACAGGCUAACGAGUGAUUUUGAGGAGAUCCUCACUCAGCUGCACUGGCCGUUCAUCAGCCCUCCCCAGGCUCAGUCUACCAGCCUAGGCCGGACCUCCGCUACUCCGGACCUCUACGGUAGCUUGGAGGUGCUGUUUUGUCAGCUUCUGAAAUUGCAAACCCCCGAUGAAUUGCUAACGGAGCCGAAACGACUCCCAGAGAAGUAUUCUCUCCCUGAUACCCCCGCGGUCCUCCUUCCAAUCCAGCUCAUGGUGACACCCCUCCAGAAGCGGUUCAAGUAUCACUUCAGUGGAAACCGACAGACCAAUGUUAUCAGCAAGCCCGAAUGGUACCUGACUCAGGUACUUAUGUGGAUCGGAAACCACGCUAAGUUUCUGGAUGAGAAAAUCCAACCGAUACUAGACAAAGCAGGCUCACCAGUGAACGCGAGGCUUGAAUUUUCUCGGGCGCUGAUGAUGUUGGUUCUGGAGAAGUUAGCCGCCGACGUCCCCUGCGUCUUGUACGACGACAACCUCUUCUGCCAUCUGGUCGAUGAGGUGCUCCUGUUUGAGCGGGAGCUCCACGGUGCUCACGGCUACCUCAGCACCUUCCCGGGCUGUAUGCACAUUCUCUCCGAAGAAUCCUGUUUCCAGAGAUGGCUGACGGUGGAAAGAAAAUUUGCUCUUCAAAAGAUGGAUUCCAUGCUUUCGUCUGAAGCGGCUUGGGUCUCCCAAUAUAAGGACAUUACCGAUGUCGAUGAAAUGAAGGUUCCAGACUGUGCAGAAACUUUCAUGACGUUGCUCCUGGUUAUGACGGACCGCUAUAAGAGCCUCCCUUCCGCCUCUAGAAAGCUCCAGUUCCUGGAGUUGCAGAAAGACCUGGUUGAUGACUUCAGGAUACGGCUAACUCAGGUCAUGAAAGAGGAAUCCAGAGCAGCCCUCGCCUUCCGCUACUGUGCAAUCCUCAACGCCGUCAACUACAUCGCCACGGUCCUCGCGGACUGGGCUGACAAUGUUUUCUUCUUGCAGCUGCAGCAGGCUGCUUUGGAAGUGUGUGCCGACAGUCACGCCCUCAGCAAGCUGCAGCUGGGCCAGCUGGCCUCCAUGGAAAGUUCUGUCUUCGAUGACAUGAUAAACCUCUUGGAGCGUUUGAAGCAGGACAUGUUGGCCCGACAAGUAGACCACGUCUUUCGGGAGGUCAAAGACGCAGCCAAAUUGUACAAGAAAGAAAGGUGGCUCUCGCUGCCGUCUCAGAGCGAGCAGGCCGGAAUGUCCCUGUCCAGCUCGGCCUGUCCCCUGCUGCUGACUCUGAGAGACCACCUCCUGCAGCUGGAGCAGCAGCUCUGUUAUGCUCUCUUCAGACUUUCCUGGCAGAUGCUCGUGGAGAAGCUGGAUGUCUUCAUCUACCAAGAAGUUAUUCUGGCAAAUCACUUCAAUGAAGGCGGAGCGGCCCAACUGCAGUUUGACAUGACUCGGAAUCUCUUCCCUCUAUUCUCCCACCACUGCAAGAGGCCAGAAAACUAUUUCAAGCACAUCAAAGAGGCCUGCAUUAUCCUGAAUCUGAAUGUCGGCUCUGCCCUCCUGCUGAAAGACGUGCUCCAGUCCUCCUCGGAGGAGUCCACGGCCUCAGCGGCCUUAAACGAGGUUGGGGUCUAUAAAUUAGCGCCGCAGGAUGUGGAGAUUUUAUUAAAUCUGAGGACAAACUGGCCGAAUACGGGAAAAUAAUCCAAUGUUCUUCAUUUCCGGUUUAUUUUUCUCUGAAUAAAAGGAAAGCCAAAUUGGGGUCCAAAUGAAAGGAUUUCCUGAAAUCUCCGCACAAAUUUCUAACUGCAAUUUAGUCAAAUGCCGGAACUGAAUUUUACCUUAAUCCUGUUUGAGGUUUUAGCAAUUAACGUAUCCCAUUUUGAAUUAAAUUGUUUCACAUCUUGCUUCUCUUGCCAACCUCUUAACUUGUAUGAUCUCUUCGGCUUUCUUCUCACUUUGGAGCUAAUGAAAAAUGUCGCUGUAGCAUACUUUAAUGGUACCUAAUUUUAUACUCUCCAGGCACAUCUCACUGUAAGAUGAGAUGGGUUUUAGAUAUUUUCCACUUAAAACCAAAUGACUUCUGAUGUUCUUUAGACUAAUUGAUGAAAGUAGCCAUGACUUUUCUGAAGGACACUUCUAGCAAACCGCCCUCCCCCAGCAAAGAAAAACAAACCCCGAAAUGUAGUAUACAAAAAGAUUUUUUUUUUUAAUAAAAACAUAGGUCUGCCCUAACAUUGAAGCUGAAUGGAUUCCCCUCAAUGAGUCCUGCUGUACUAGGGGAGAAAGGUGAUGGUGAUGGAAUUGGUUAAGCGCUUACUAUGUGCCAAGCACUGUUCUAAGCGCCGGGGUAGAAACAAGCUAAUCAGGUUGGACUCAGUCCCUGUCCCACAUAGGGCUCGUGGUCUUAAUCCCCACUUUUCAGAUGAGGUAACUGAGGCUCAAAGAAAUGAAGUGACUUACUCAAGGUCACACAGCGGACAAGUGGUGAAGCCAGGAUUAGAACCCAGGUCCUCUGACUCCCACGUCCGUGGUCUUUCCACUCCCUCCUAUGCUCCUGGCAUAAAUGAUCCUGGCGAAAUAAACCCAGGGUGAACUGGGCUCUUUCAGUAACAUUGUCACGCAGAGAUUUUGGGCUUAAAGAGUACUACCGUAACUGCGUAAAGCCCUUGGCAGUUACCGUUUCCACAAAAGGAUUUGGAAAAUGAAUCUGAGCCUGCCUUCCAACUGGCUGUAUGUUCUUUUGGUAAAAACUAUUUUAAUGUAUUCACUCAAAAGCUAAUUCUACUUGUUCUAUUUUGACACCUGUCUCCAUGUUUUGUUUUGCUGUCUGUCUCCCCCUUCUAGACUGG